AUGCAGAAAAAUGAAGUUGCUGUUACUAAAAAAGAGCCUAAUUAUAGAGGAGUCAAAGCCAUGCCUUUUGUUAUGGGUAAUGAGACAUUUGAGAAGCUGGGAACCAUUGGUACAUCUUCUAACAUGUUGGUGUACCUUACUACCGUGUUCAACAUGAGCUCUAUUUCGGCCACUAAUCUCAUCAAUAUCUUCAAUGGGACUUGCAAUUUUGGAACGUUGUUUGGUGCCUUUCUAUCCGAUACCUAUCUAGGACGAUAUAAGACCAUUGGAAUUGCUUCAGUUUCCUCCUUCCUGGGGAUGCUUGUACUUACAGUGACUGCAGCAGUUUCAGCUCUACAUCCUCCUAAAUGUGAAGCAGAAAAGAGUAAUAAAUGUGUUGAUCCAACAACAUGGCAACUCGCGUUAUUGUUUAAUGCAUUCGGACUGCUGGUAGUCGGGGCUAGUGGCAUUAGACCCUGUAACUUAGCAUUCGGAGCAGAUCAAUUCAAUCCCAAUACAGAUUCUGGGAGAAAGGGGAUCAACAGCUUCUUCAAUUGGUACUACUUCUCCUUCACUUUUGCCAUGAUGAUAUCUCUGACACUCAUCGUCUAUGUGCAAUCCAAUGUGAAUUGGGCUAUCGGAUUAGGCAUUCCAGCGUUUCUGAUGUUCUUGUCCGUCGCCUUCUUCUUCAUUGGGAGCAGAAUUUAUGUCAAAGUAUUGCCUGAAGGCAGUCCCUUGACAAGUAUGGCACAAGUACUAGUUGUUGCAUUUAAGAAGAGAAAGUUGAAACUGCCGGAGCAACCUUGGAGUAAUCUGUUUAAUUACGUUCCACCAAAUUCAAUCAACUCAAAGCUUCCUUAUACUGACCAACUAAGGUUCCUCAAUAAAGCGGCAAUAAUCACAACCAAUGACAAGAUCAAUACAGAUGGAUCGGCAGCCAAUCCAUGGUGUCUUUGCAGCAUCCAGCAAGUGGAAGCGAUAAAAUGUGUGAUUAGAGUAAUUCCCAUAUGGAUUUCAGGCAUAUUAUACUAUGUUAUUAUAGCACAAAUGCAGUCAUAUGUAGUAUUUCAAGCCAUUCAAAGCAACAGACACCUAGGGAGUGGCAAAUUCCGAAUCCCUGCAGCAACUUACAUUAUUUUCAUGAUGUUGAGCCUAUCAAUAUGGAUUCCUCUUUACGACAGGCUCAUCCUUCCUUCACUCCGACGAAUCACAAGAAAGGAAGAACCCAUUAGUCUGCUCCAGCGAGUUGGGAUUGGAAUGGUACUUGCUAUAGUCACAAUGAUUGUAUCAGCAUUAGUCGAAAAUCAUAGGAGGACGUUGGCCUUAACUCGUCCAACAUUAGGCCUUGUGCCUCGAAAAGGCUCCAUUUCGUCCAUGUCUGGUUGCUGGUUGAUACCUCAAUUGGCAAUAGCAGGAAUUUCUGAGGCAUUCACUGUCAUUGGACUAAUCGAAUUCUACUACAAACAGUUCCCAGAAAACAUGCGCAGUUUUGCAGGAUCUUUCGUGUUUUGUGAAUCCGCAGUGGCGAGUUAUUUGAGCAGUUUCUUGAUAUCAGUUGUUCAUGGGACUACGAGAGUGGGAGAAGCAGAAAAUUGGUUGUCUGAAGAUCUCAACAAAGGGAGAUUGGAUUACUUCUAUUACAUGGUUGCUGGUUUAGAAGUGAUCAAUUUGGGAUACUUCUUGAUUUGUGCGAAGUAUUACAAGUACAAAACAACAGAAAAAAACAGUAAAGAUGUUGCUAUGGACGAAUUACAACCUCAAAAACCCGCAGUUUAG